AUGGCACCGCAUGCUGCAGAAAGUCCGACCUUCCAAGCCAAACUCCCGGAUAGGACAUCUGUCGCCCGAGAGAAUGGACACCGAUCGCUGCCGAUAUCAGAGCCGUGUCUAUCAUAUUGGCACAGAACGACUAGGGCGUUUGAGCACUUGCACGAGAACGAACAUCAACCCGCCCCUGCAGCGGUCAAGUACCUCAUUAUUGGGUCUGGACUCUCGGGCUUGGUAACAGCUUGGUCAUUGGAAGAAAACGGCGUUGAGGCACAGGAUAUUGCAAUCCUCGAGGCACGGGAAGCAAUUUCUGGGGCGUCUGGUCGAAAUGCCGGACACGUUCGCCCAGAUGCUUUCCGUGGAUUUGCCGCCUACGCUCGUAUCCACGGACCCGAGCAAGCCAGGAAAAUUAUCGAGAAUGAGAAGCUCGUCUUUGAAAGGGUCGCCGCUUUCGUGAAGAAGCACCAAGUCCCUUGCGACUUCAAUCCGACGACAACGUUUGAUGUCUGUUUGACAGCUGAAUUUGCGGAGUACGAAAAGCAAAGCUUUGAGGCAUACCAAGCUGCUGGAGGGGACGUCUCGCACGUCAAUUCCUUCGAUGGCGAGGAGGCGAAAGUUAGAACUGGAGUGAGAGAUGCCGUUGCUGCGUAUGAAUGGCCAGCGGGAAGCUCUCAUCCUGCUAAGCUUGGUCAAUUCCUUUUGAGCGGCCUCAUUGCCAAGGGCGUUCGAUUAUAUACGCAUUGUCCUGCCACAGCGGUGACCAGUCACAGCCCUAAUGGCGAGAACGACUCCAAUCGAUGGGAUGUGCAGACUCCACGAGGAGUGGUUGCAGCCGAGAACGUCGUGCAUUGUACCAACGCGUACUCCGCAUACCUUUUGCCUGAGCUCGAAUCAUUCGUUACACCAAAUCGUGCUCAGGCCCAUUCUUUUGUGCCAUCGUAUUCAUUGUCAGGCUCAAGGGCACUGAAGAGCACGGCAUCGCUGAGGUAUGAUCUCAAGCAUUUCUUCUCUUUCAUUCAGCGCAAAGGCGAUGGGACUGUGGUCUUCGGCGUCUCAAGAGAGAACCCAGAAUGGAGCCAGGAAACCAAGAACUCCAUCAUUACGUUUGAUGAUUCCAGCUACAACGAGGAGGUCGCGGCCACAGCAGCUCGUACUUUCAAGAAACUCUUUCCAGAGGACAGUGUCAGGACAUCCAGACACGGGGAAGGUGCUGAGCAUUGUUGGACCGGCAUUAUAGCGAUGACUCCAGACUCAGUUCCUAUGGUUGGCGCGAUAGAAGGUAAAGAAGGGCAGUGGAUCAACGCGGGCCAUAACGGGCAUGGAAUGGCGAGAAUAUUCAGCUGUUCUCCAGGGCUUGCGAAGAUGAUUCUUGGCGAGCGAUGGUCAGCGACGGGACUCCCCGAGUGCUUUCAGUAUAGCAAGGCCAGGAUUGAACGAGCCGCAAAGCAGAACAUCAAAGGUGUUUGGUAGAGCAGUGGUGUUGCGGUAGAGAAGAUGCGAACGCGUUUCAGGAG